ACUCAUUGCUGUUCACGAAGGAAAAUCGAUAUAACUAAUCGCAGCUGGAGAUGACUUCUGGAGGUUUGGGGCUCACCGAGGGCCUGAGUCAAGACAUAGGUCAGGAGGAGCUGGACUUCUCCGACUUGUUUCUGUAUAAUCCACCUGGAGAAGAUUUUAAAGAUGACCCGGGAGCCCUCCUUCAGAAUGACAUCCAGCCUUCUCUGUCCGCGGUCCCCCAUCACACCGCCUACAUCUCCAGCUCCAGCCAGGACCCCUCCUCUCACAGCUCCACCACAGACACCCUAUCAGGACCUGCGUUGGACUCCCUGGGGCUGACGUCAAGACCAGGCACCAUCCCUGCUCGCAGCCCCAGGAUUGAGAUCACUCCGUCGGGUGACUCUUUCAGCUCUCACCCUCAACUCACCUUGGAGCGCAAAAACUACAGGGAGUGUGUGAGUCCCGCCAGCAGUAACUCCUCCACAGGCUGGCCAGCAGAGGUGUACUCUCCCCAUGGCUCGCCGUCCGUCUCCCCUUCCAAUGGAGGCGGAUGUGGCAUGGCGAUGUCCUCCGCCUUAGACCUCUGCUCGGGCCUCCAGGGCAUCCACACUUCUUCUGCCCACUCCUCUCCAGGAGCCUCGCCUCACAACAGUGUCACUGAUGAGACCUUUCUCCAGCCUCAGCACCAACGCACUGCCUCACCACUUUCCCACCAGCGUUCCCGCUCUGCCUCGCCGCAGGGAAAGCGCGCCUAUGACCAAGCGCACUCAUGUCAGGGAGGCACUCCUUUCAAGCAGCGCUCUCGGAGCCCCAGCCCUAUCCCCUCGCCCCAUGAGCAGCAGGGCUCCUACUACCUCCACCAUUACCAGGCUCAAGCCGAGUUCCAGCAGCAAGCUCAGACCCCGUCCCCGGCUCUGAAUGAGCUUCUGGGCAGCCUCGGCGCCGGUCCACCCAGAGUGGUGCCUUCUGCAGUGGUGCGAGGUGCACAUGGGCAGGCCCAGAGACAGGACUGUGUGUAUCGAGAUGGGUAUGACUGGGCGACUGAGCCGGAGAGGAUGGGCAGGGCAGGAGCUGAGGUCAAAUCUGAGACCCUCUAUAUGCUCCCAGCUGUGUGGCCUUCUCAUCAGGUCCAUCAUGGAGCCUUCAGUGCUCUUUCCGUGACACCGUUUCCCUCUUUAGAGUGGCCGUUGCCCAGUCAGUCUGGCCAGUAUGAGCUACUGAUCCAACAACAACCCAGGUCUCACCACAGAGCUCACUAUGAGACCGAGGGCAGCCGUGGAGCUGUCAAGACACCAAACGGAGGGCAUCCGGAAGUUCAGCUCCGUGGGUAUCAAGGCCCAGCUCCACUGAUACUGCAGGUCUUCAUUGGGACGGCUGACGAGAGGCUCCUGAAACCGCACGCCUUCUACCAGGUCCACCGCAUCACCGGGAAGACCGUAACCACGCCCAGCUCGGAGAAUAUGAUCAGCGGGACCAAAGUGUUGGAGAUCCCUCUGGAGCCAAAGAACCACAUGAGAGUAGUGAUUGACUGCGUAGGGAUCCUGAAGCUGAGAAACGCUGACAUCGAGCUGAGGAACGGUGAGACAGACAUCGGACGAAAAAACACUCGUGUGCGUUUGGUGUUUCGCGUCCACAUUCCCCAGCCUGGAGGCCAGCCUAUGUUUCUUCAAGCUGCCUCUCAUCCCAUCGAAUGCUCCCAGCGCUCAGCUCAGGAGCUCCCUGCAGUCGAGAGGCAGGACCUGGACCGAUGCUUAGUUCUUGGUGGACAACAAAUGGUCCUGACUGGACAGAAUUUCACAUCUGACUCCAAGGUGAUGUUCUCAGAGAAGACACAAGAUGGGCAGCAGAUCUGGGAGGUGGAGGCCACUGUGGACAGAGACAAAACACAACCAAACAUGCUAUUUGUUGAGGUCCCUCCAUAUCGAGACCAGACCAUUUGCCAGCCAGCCAAAGUCAACUUCUACGUCAUCAACGGGAAGAAGAAACGCAGUCAGCCUCAGCAUUUCAUCUACACUCCUGUGAGAGCCAUUAAACCGGAGCCACUGGAUGACUACCAAUUAAAUUCGUAUGGCUACUCAGACAGUCAGACUCUGUCUGGCCUGUCAAUGAAGUCACUCUACCAUCACCUGGAGCAGGACAGCAACCUUCAAGCUUUGAAUGUGUCUCCAACGUUGUACCAUCUAGCUAACGUUGAUCAAAGAGCCCACGUGUCAACCCCUGAUCCACUGGAUGACCAACCAGUGUAUUACCAGCCCAGAGCCAGCACUCUGACCAACAGCCCCAUGGUGUACCACACUGCAAACCAGCGUUACAGCAACUGCAGUACCACCUUUCUCUGUGGCUCCCCAAUGGCUUCACACCCUACCAACGCUUCCACUUCCAGCCCACGUGUUGGUGCCAGAGCCCCUGUGGGAAAACUGGAUGACGGCCUUCAGAUUGGCGAUUCAUUCGAGGCCUGUUUGGUGACAAGACAUCAGGGUUUUGUGCAGGCAGCAUUGCCACUGGGAAAGUCACCACCCUCAAGAUACAUCCAAGGUCAAGCUCAAGGGAAGGGUGGUUGCCGAGUGGAGACAGGCAGCCAGCAUCUAACCCAGAUUGGCAGAAGCAACCAUGAUGAUCGGGCUCCAGAGAAAGUCACAGUCAAACAAGAGAACCUCAGCUAUACCUAUCUGGAGGAUGUGAAUGACAUCAUACGAAGAGACCUGAAAGGCCACAACGGAGAGUGAUCCUGGAGGACGGCAGCAGCCCUUACGUCGAGAUUAAAUAAUACAUGUAAUCUGUGGACUUCAGGAACCAUAAAUAUUAAAUCCUGAUUGUCUUGGAGGAAGCUUGUAAUAAACAUGUUAUCCAGAUGGUGGCAGAUAUUUAAGGCAAACAAUAGAAACUGAAUCACAAAACACUUAAGUUGACUUUAUUUCAAAAUGUUUCUGUGGGAUAAGAAAAGGUGGUGGUUCACUGUCCAAAAAUAUGUGUCAGCUCUUUGUUUGCCUUCAAUAUUACCACAUAUUUUUCCACAAUGUAUGUAGCCUUAGUAAAGAUAGUAGAAAAUGUGCCAUAUCUUAUACUGUUUAUCUAUUGCAUCGUUUUUCUCUGUUCAUAUAUUUGUACAAUUGCUCUUUGUAAGCUUGUAUAAAAUAUUUUAUAUUAAAUACAUUUUGUUCAUAUGAAUUAGUGUCUUUGCAUUGAGAGCAGAAACGGUCUAAAUCAAAUAUUCUCAACUGAUGUGCCUUUGUCUUUGAAAUUACUUUUCCUGACGUGAAGUCACAUC